AUUCCGAAGGCUACAGAGGCUACACGUGAGCCAUGGAUACGCCGCUGAGGCGCAGCCGGCGGCUGGAAGGCCUGAAACCUCUGUCUCCAGAGAACCUUCCUGUCCCCGAAGUCUCUCGGGCGAAACGGGCUCUUGUAGGUUUCAAGUCGAUCCCUGAAGAAACAGAAGAGCUCAAGUCUCCGAGAGUUCCACCACUGAGCCUUCAGUCUCCCGAACCUCAGCCGGAGACGAGCCCCGGAUCACCCUGUCCUAGACAGGAUGCAGGCGAUGGGUCCCCACAAAGGCAGCCAGAGCCUCACCCCGGGUCCCUUCAACCUCAUCAAGAUCUGGGCCUGGAGUCACCUGCAGGACAGACAGAGUCGAGCCCGGAAUCCCCGCAACGAGAGCAGCCAUCCAAAUUACCUCCCCCACAGGGAGAACUGGACUCUGAGGCGGCCCACGCUAAAGAGGAGGUGAUCCCAGGAUCCCCCGAGCCUUGCCCGGGCCAGCAAGCACCGGGUCCCGAGCCCUCUCAGCCAGCACAGGAGCUGACAGUCCAGGCACCUAGCUCCCCAGAGCGCCAGUUGGAGCCAGGCAAGCUGCCUCCGGCGGGAGAGACAGUAACAGAAAGUCCCAACCUAAAGAAGCGAGUUAUAGCCUCUCCCCAGGCCCCAGCGUCCAAGAAAUUGAAAGAGAAGGAGGAGCUUCCUGUAAUUCCGAAAGGGAAGCCCAAAUCCGGACGUGUGUGGAAAGACCGCUCCAAGAAGAGGUUCUCACAGAUGGUUCAGGACAAGCCCCUGCGUACCUCCUGGCAGCGGAAGAUGAAGGAGCGACAGGAGAGAAAGCUGGCUAAGGACUUCGCCCGGCACCUGGAGGAGGAGAAACAGAGGCGCCGGCAGGAGAAGAAAGAGCGCCGGGCUGAAAACCUGAGACGCCGUCUAGAAAAUGAACGCAAGGCUGAGAUUGUCCAAGUGAUCCGAAACCCUGCCAAGCUCAAGAAAGCAAAGAAGAAGCAGUUGCGUUCCAUUGAAAAACGAGACACACUGGCCUUGCUCCAGAAACAACCACCCCAGAGGCCUGUAGCCAAGGUCUGAGCUCAGGACAGUCCAUAGGCCUCAGCAAACAAGGCACUUCUCAGACCACUGACUGACACCUCUCCUGGAGCCAGCACACCAACGCUGUCACAUUAAGACGGAGACUCCAGCCUAGAGGGAACUGACGACUAUGCUGGGACUCAAGAGAGAUUUAACUGUCCCCAUCUCCUUUACUGCCUGUUCCAAAGUGCCUUAUGGUCAUAAACUGUUGCUGGGUGGUUGCAGCAAUGCACACCUUUUAUCCCCGUGCUUAGGAGACAGAGACAGGCAGCUCUCUCAGAGUUCAAGGCCAGUCUUGUCU